UUAUUUUCACCAACCCAAUUCUUUACUCCCUCACUGCUUUUAGUGCUUACCUGUUUAUUCGACCAACAAACAUAGAAGAGUAAAUCAAAAGCCACAAACCCCUCUUGUCGAAAAAAAAGGAUCAGAUGUCUUAGAGCAAGAAUGCUGCAUAUAUAACCUUGAAGUGAAGAUCAUUCAACUUCAUCUUUGAUGAUAUCAAGUUAGCAUUCAAUUUCAUCAUUGAUUAUAACAGGUUUUGGUUUUGGUAUGAAGAGUUUCAAAGUAAUUUAAAGAGAUGACACAUGCACCUCCUGGUUAUUUUGUACGCUUGGAGAACGCAAUGGCUAAAGACGAUCUUUAUUUGAGUAAGAGAGUAAGGAUGAGAAGGUGGUUCUGUUGCACCUGCAAAGUAGAGGAGUCUGAUCCAUCACAUGAAAACGAGCUCCACAAAAGCCCUAAGAACAAUGCUGAUGGAUAUCAGAAAGGGACAAAAGCAUCAGUUCCUGCCAAGGCUGAAGUGCAAAAAGCAAUACCAACUAUAGAGGUCCCUGCAUUGUCUUUGGAUGAAUUGAAAGAGGAAACUGACAAUUUUGGAUCAAAAGCAUUAAUUGGUGAAGGAUCUUAUGGAAGAGUAUACUAUGCUAAUCUAAACAAUGGCAAACCCGUGGCUGUGAAAAAGCUUGAUGUUUCAUCUGAGCCUGAGACUAAUGUUGACUUCCUGAGCCAGGUCUCUAUGGUUUCAAGAUUGAAGCAUGAAAAUCUGGUGGAGUUGCUUGGUUACUGUGUGGAAGGGAACCUUCGUGUAUUGGCGUAUGAGUUCGCAACAAUGGGUUCCUUGCAUGAUAUUCUGCAUGGCAGGAAAGGAGUACAAGGGGCACAACCUGGACCCACUCUUGAUUGGAUGCAGCGGGUAAAAAUUGCUGUUGAUGCUGCAAGGGGCCUUGAGUAUUUGCAUGAGAAGGUCCAGCCUCCAAGAAUACACAGGGAUAUUAGAUCAAGCAAUGUCCUUCUCUUUGAAGACUACAAAGCAAAAAUUGCUGAUUUUAAUCUGUCAAAUCAGUCUCCUGACAUGGCUGCUCGUCUUCAUUCUACACGAGUUUUGGGAACAUUUGGUUAUCAUGCACCAGAAUAUGCAAUGACAGGACAAUUGACACAAAAGAGUGAUGUGUAUAGCUUUGGGGUGGUUCUUCUUGAACUUUUGACAGGAAGAAAACCUGUAGAUCAUACAAUGCCUCGUGGACAACAGAGCUUGGUUACUUGGGCUACUCCGAGAUUAAGUGAAGAUAAGGUCAAGCAAUGCAUCGAUCCAAAGAUGAAAGAAGUUCCUGGAAAAGGAGUUGCUAAGUUGGCAGCUGUUGCAGCACUGUGCGUACAAUAUGAGGCUGAGUUCCGUCCUAAUAUGAGUAUUGUUGUCAAAGCUCUUCAACCACUGUUGAAGGCACCUGCUCCUGAGUCAUAGGGGCUGUAGUUUCAUUUACUCAUUUUAUAUUCAAUUUACUUCGAUCACUCUUGUAUUUCUUUUCACCUGGAUUAAAGAUCAUUUCUUCAUUUCUCCCCCUCUGUGUCUGGUUUGUUCAGUCUAUGGCGUGUCAUGUUAUAGUAUGGGAGUAGUUUAGCGGGUUACUGUAAAACUGGGUUUGGUUAUUCUUUCUUUUUCUUUUUCUUUUUCUUCUUCUUUUCCUUGUGUGGUUUUUCCUCGUAUCAUUUUGUGUAUCAAAAUUUAUUUUUAUGGAUUGAAUGACGAAUAUGUAUACUAUGUCAAGGUACAGACUUGGUGUCCGUUUUCUAUGUAAGCUGCAUCGGCUAUUGUUACCCGACAGUAGUAAAGUCAUAGUAUCCAAAAGAGCCGUGCAAAGUGGGGGUGCGGCAGCUAAACCGUUAUCGAAUCAAGAAGAGGUUGACUUGACCAUACACUAUAUAGAUUGUCCAAAUGAGAAAUCUGGACGCCCAAUUUCCAAGUUAAGGUGCGCUAUCUAUUUUGAAUUUUUAUUGAUUUUGUCAGUUUAUAUAGACAUCAUUUGUUUUUAUGGUAAUGAAAAAUAUUAUAUAUUAUAACGAAAGAAACCACAAGGGAUGUAACUGGGACACCAUUGAGUUACAAAUAAUGAUACAUACAUUAGAUACUAAAAGUCUACUAAACUAGUAGUGGUGAUAUUAGUGUCGAAGGCCACCUGCUGAGAUGGGUACUACUGUUGAUGAGCUUGAAAGCCCUCAAUCCUUGCAGCGUGGCUGUAGAGACCAA